GGCUGCCGCCGGACGCCGAGCUCUGUGGUUCGGGUCCGCGUUUGUCUCCGGUCCGCCGCUGCCGCCGCCGUUUCCGCCCCCGCUCCGGUCUGUGGUGCAGCCGGGACCCACGACCAUGUCGCUGUCUCGCUCUGAGGAGAUGCACCGGCUCACGGAAAAUGUCUACAAGACCAUCAUGGAGCAGUUCAACCCCAGCCUCCGGAACUUCAUCGCCAUGGGGAAGAACUAUGAGAAGGCUCUGGCAGGUGUAACGUAUGCAGCCAAAGGCUACUUUGACGCCUUGGUGAAGAUGGGGGAGCUGGCCAGCGAGAGCCAGGGGUCCAAAGAACUCGGAGAUGUUCUCUUCCAGAUGGCUGAAGUCCACAGGCAGAUCCAGAAUCAGUUGGAAGAAAUGCUGAAGUCUUUUCACAACGAGUUACUCACACAGCUGGAGCAGAAGGUGGAGCUGGAUUCCAGGUACCUGAGUGCUGCACUCAAGAAGUACCAGACGGAGCAGAGGAGCAAAGGAGACGCCCUGGACAAGUGCCAGGCCGAGCUGAAGAAGCUUCGGAAGAAGAGCCAGGGCAGCAAGAAUCCUCAGAAGUACUCUGACAAGGAGCUGCAGUACAUCGACGCCAUCAGCAACAAGCAGGGCGAACUGGAGAACUACGUGUCCGACGGCUACAAGACCGCGCUGACAGAGGAGCGCAGGCGCUUCUGCUUCCUGGUGGAGAAGCAGUGUGCUGUGGCCAAGAACUCCGCAGCCUACCACUCCAAGGGCAAGGAGCUGCUGGCGCAGAAGCUGCCGCUGUGGCAACAGGCCUGUGCUGACCCCAGCAAGAUCCCGGAGCGCGCCGUGCAGCUGAUGCAGCAGGUGGCCAGCAACGGCGCCGCCCUCCCCAGUGCCCUGUCGGCCUCCAAGUCCAACCUGGUCAUCUCUGAUCCCAUCCCGGGGGCCAAGCCCCUGCCGGUACCCCCCGAGCUGGCACCAUUUGUGGGGCGGAUGUCUGCCCAGGAGAACGCACCCAUCAUGAAUGGCGUGGCGGGCCCGGAUGGCGAGGACUAUAGCCCCUGGGCUGACCGCAAGGCUGCCCAGCCCAAAUCCCUGUCUCCUCCACAGUCUCAGAGCAAGCUGAGCGACUCCUACUCCAACACGCUCCCCGUGCGCAAGAGCGUGACCCCAAAAAACAGCUAUGCCACCACAGCCGAGAACAAGACUCUGCCUCGCUCAAGCUCCAUGGCAGCCGGCCUGGAGCGCAACGGGCGCAUGCGGGUAAAGGCCAUCUUCUCCCACGCCGCUGGGGACAACAGCACCUUGCUGAGCUUCAAGGAGGGUGACCUCAUUACCCUGCUGGUGCCCGAGGCCCGCGACGGCUGGCACUACGGAGAGAGUGAGAAGACCAAGAUGAGGGGCUGGUUUCCCUUCUCCUACACCCGGGUCCUGGACAGUGACGGCAGCGACAGGCUGCACAUGAGCUUGCAGCAAGGGAAGAGCAGCAGCACAGGCAACCUCCUGGACAAGGACGACUUGGCAAUCCCGCCCCCUGACUACGGCGCCACCUCCCGGGCCUUCCCUGCCCAGACGGCCAGCGGCUUCAAGCAGAGGCCCUACAGUGUGGCCGUGCCCGCCUUCUCCCAGGGUCUGGAAGACUAUGGAGCACGGUCCAUGAGCAGUGGCAGCGGCACGCUGGUGUCCACAGUGUGAGGACGCUGACCCCGGGCAGCCGCUGCUCUGAAGAGCUUCCGCCCCCCCCCCCCCGGUCUCCGUCCGUUGUCCUCCUCAGCUCUCGCUGGUUUGUUCCUGGGUUUUCUUUCCCACCUGCCCCCUGCCUUUUGGUUGGUGACCCCAGACUCUGUGAUCCCCCAGGGUCCAUGGUGCUGCUCCACCCGCCCCGUGUUCACGCGCCCCUCCCCAUGUGUCCCAGCCUUUCGGGCAGAAACUGCCAGGCAGGACCCACCCUGCAGUGUCUGUGGCACUCACUGCUUUUCUCAGACUCGCCGUGAGCCAGGUCUAAAGUUUGAAGAAAAAGAAAAAUAUUAAAAAAAAAAAAAAAAAAAAAGACAAAAAACAGGAAAAAGGACUUUUUUUUCCUGGAAAACAAAACCCGAUCUGCAUGGACUCCGGUGUGCGCACCGCUAUCUCGCCAUCUGACUCCCUGGCGUGUGGCCUCUGUCCGGACGGGGAAGGUGCUGGGGUCCCUGGCCACCCUGGCCCCUGUCAAGGGCUGCACAGAGAAAGGGGGCUUGUGCCAAGCUCAGGGGGCCUCCUGAGGAAACCGGCUGCUCCUGUGAGGGAGGCCGGGCCCCGGCACCCGAGGGCUUCUCCCUCUGGAUGCCAAGGGCCAGGUGUACAUAAAGCAGAGAGGCAGGGUGGCCUUGCCUCCUGUUGGGCACUGGCAGGAGCGAGGUCUGGAACAGGUGCUGCCCGGCUGCACAUGGACAUUCCAAAGACCUCCAGAGACCACCCCACCCCCACAUUCCUUUGACCAGCCUUGUGAGGGCAUUGAGGCUGCCACGGGCUAUCUGGCUGCCCGGGGCAGGGCGUGCGGGCUGGGCCUGGCCAGGGGAGGGCAGCUCUGGGCACGCCACACCCAGGCCUCCCACCUGGGAGAAGCAGGAGGUCCCUGCCCGGUUCUUCCUAAACGCUCUCGUCUUUUUGUGUGUCUUGGUGACUUUGGAAACAAACACAGUGGAUUCAGUGGCUACUGGUAUUGUCUCUUCACACACUGAACUCUGGGGAGUGGGCGCAGGUACAGCCUGGCCCCGCCUGCCUGCCGGUGGGAGCCCCGGGAAGCCAAGAUGCUCCUUUAUCUGACGUGGUUUAGCAAAAGCCUCCCGCACACCUCCCGUGGACUGGGACGUGGCUGGUAGUGUUUGUGUGGGAGCAGCACAAGCCGCGGACUGCGCGACAUUAAGGAAAACAUGGCCGGACUGGGCCCUGUGUAGAGACCCUUCCGCGCUGGCGCUCCCGCUGCGCUAAAGAUUUCAAAUCCAGGGGACUCCAUGCUCAAUGGAUGAAUGUAGACACAAAACAGCAACACUUGUAUGAAGAUGUAAAGUGCUCAACAUAUUUUUUCCUGUUUCUUUUCCUUUUUUUAAAAUCAGAAUUGUGCCCUGUACUGCAGUUACUUGUUGGAAUAAAAGUUUUAUUUAUUGCAC